AUGCAAAUUAGCUUCGGAUUUAGUAGAAACUGUCGAAAGCAGCAAAGUGUUAAAAAAAUACCUCUGACAAUUGGUGUUUUUCUGCCAUUUCAAUACAAAAAAGCGCUAGAAUCAGCUGUUGAUAUUGCCUUACAACAUAUACAGAAUGAAUCGUGUAUUCUCACUAAUUAUUACUUGAAUUUGCAAUUCAAAGAUACAGAGUGCAAAACUUCGUUUGGAAUGAAAGCACUAUUUGAAUUAAUGAAUGCACGACCUCGACCUUUUGCCCUUUUUGGAGAUGCUUGCACAAAUGUUAACGAACCUGUGGCUAUGGCUUCCAAGUACUGGUUCAUUUUACAUUUGUCAUAUGCUGAAACACAUGCUAAAUUUGCUAGUGCUGAUGCUAAAGCGGUUUUAAAAGUCAGUGUUGGAGUUUUGAUUAACAGUACUAAAUUACAGAUGUAUCCAACAUUUUUCCGCAUGGUACCUGGAUAUCAAAAUUCAAAUUCAGCACGCUGCCAUCUUAUAUAUAAAUUUAACUGGACACGUGUUGGGACACUAAAACAAAGUGAUGAUCCACGUUUUGCUUUGCCCCAUGAAUCGCUCACAACUCGGCUAGAGCAUGGAUUUGGUAUUCGAGUGAUUUACACUGCUGGGAUUACUCACGAUGAAAUUAAAAAUAUCGGCUACGAACUAAAUGAGUUGAAAAAACGUGAUGCUAGAAUACUUAUUGGUGAUUUUGAAGAGUCUUUAGCGGUACGAAUAUUAUGUGAAGCUUAUCAAAAUGGCAUUUAUGGCGAAAAAUAUGCUUGGGUCUUACCUGGUUAUCAUAAAAGCAUGUUUUUGAUACUUUUGACCUUUAAUUUCAUUUCACGUGAUUGGUGGAGAAAUGUAUCUGAUCUUACUUGUACAGUAGAUGAACUGGCAAAAGUAAUUGAAGGUCAUUUUGCAGUGGAAUUUUCCCCAUAUUCACAAAAGCUUAAUCGAUUUACUGUUGCCAACAAAACUGUAUCAGAAAUCCGGGCAGAGCUUGAUCAAGACCAGGUUACCACAGCAGAAGGUGUUUACAAGGGUUAUGUGUAUGACGGCUUAUGGACACUUGCAUUAGCCAUCGAGGAGGUAGCUCAAUUUCAUUAUUCACGUGAUGGUCUUACGUGGUUACCUGAUGUUAGCGAAACAGCGGAUUGGCGAGAGAUAAGCACUGAAUUAUUGCAAGCAAUCAGCAGAACGUCAUUUAUUGGUGUUACUGGACCAGUGAAGUUUGAAAAUAAUGAAAGACUUGGAUUAGUUGAAAUUUUGCAAUGGAGAAAUGGAACAUACAUAAAUGCUGGCAUAUAUGAUGGGACAGAAACUAUACUAACUCUGAAUCCUGCUAUUCAAGACUGGAUACCGCCACUAGAUGCAACAGUUGUCGUACGUGAACGUCAAUAUAUAUCAUUUAUAUUAUUCGCAUUACUUUUAUUAUUAUCCACCUUCGGUGUUACACUGGCAGUUACUUUUCUUAUCAUUAAUAUUAGAUAUCAGAAUCAUCGAUUCAUCAAAAUGUCUUCACCAAAUAUGAAUAAUCUAAUAAUAGCAGGUUCUAUUUGUACUUACAUAAGCGUCAUUGUGAAUGGUUUUGAUACACGUUUUGUUUCACCAGAUACUUUCGUUACAUUAUGCUACGUCAAGACAUGGGUACUCUGCCUCGGAUUCACUUUAGCAUUUGGAUCAAUGUUUUCGAAAACUUGGCGCGUACAUUCUAUUUUUAAAAAUAUUCGAAUGAACAAAAAAGCGAUUAAAGAUUUAAAAUUAUUCAUGUUAGUUGGCUUUAUCCUUCUCGUUGAUCUCAUCACUUUAUCAGUCUGGGCUCGAAUUUCACCUUUUACAUUUCACGUGAUCGAACUGGCGACAUUUUUUCAGUAUUCAAAUCAAAAAAUGAUUGUACCUGAAAUAGAAUGUUGUCGAAGUGAUAAAGACGUAAUUUUUGAAGUAAUAAUUUUGGGUAUUAAGGGAUUACUCAUGAUGCUUGGCUGUUUCUUAGCUUGGGAAACGAGACGUGUAAAUGUUCCAGCACUGAAUGAUAGCAAAUAUAUUGGAAUGUCAGUUUACAGCGUAGUUGUGACAUGUCUACUAGGUUUACCACUUGUUUACAUUUUAAGGGAUCAAGUCAAUGCUACACAUAUUUUAGGUGGACUUUUUAUUAUAUUGUGCACAACUUUGACUCUCAAUCUUGUUUUUGUUCCAAAGGUGGUAGAACUUAUUCGUAAUCCUCAGGGAACAGAAUUUCGUUAUCGCCGUGGAUUAAUGAAAUCUGUCAUUGGACGACAGCCACUACGUCAAAUUCCUGAAUCAACUGAAGAGUUGAAAAUAAGCGAACAAGAACGUCUUCAACGCCUUGAGGAAGAAAAUAUAUUACUUCAUCGAUAUUUGCAUGAGAAAACAAGCAUACUUUGGGAGUUGCAAAAGCAACUGAGGCAACUUGGAGAGUUGGAAAACGACAACACCUCACCGAGCGAUAAAGGCUAG